CAGUAGCCGGCGGCCUGCUCCCCAUGAAAAAGAUGUCCGACACCAGUUCUUCCCUCGUCAAAUGGACAACAGCUGGAGACCGGAAUACACGGAUGUACAUCCACAUCCGUCGCGACACUGCAUAAUUCCAGAUUUAUUAGCGACUCUCCCGCACGGCCACGAGAAUCGCGCGGGCUUUGCAUCUCCAUCGGAUCGACAGUCGUAUCGCGAAACACGUACAUCUCCGACAGGCCGUGGAAUUGUGUGCAUUUCGGCAGCUAUCCCAGCGUAUUCGGAUUACAGCCGGCCUUCCGCUGAUAUUCUUCUUAGAAGCGGUUACCCGCGCAGUGUCCGAACGAGGAGUUACCAUCCACACCAACAUGAGAUGGAUGAUUGCGAAAUGGAGGAACGAAUGGCCCACAGGGAACCGGAUUGCCGGCCAUUCCUAACAUAUCGUUCACAUUCCGGUCUGUGCAAUAAUCUGGCUCAACCGCACUGGGGAAACGCUACGCAGGCGUACAUUAGAAUGUCGCCGCGAACAUACAUGGAUGGGGCGGACGAUCCACGAAUGUUCUCAUUGGUGCACGACGAAAAAGGCGGUCGCCCCAUUGCUCUGCCCAAUCCGCGCGCGCUCAGUGUGGCUUUAAGCCAAACACCGCCGGUUGAACAUCCGACGGCCAAUGCUGUCUUAUCGUUCUUUGGACAGUUUGUAGCACACGAUCUGGCGUUAACCCCAACCUUUCAAAUCAACAACAAGCAACCAGACUGCUGCAUUUUGAACGCGGAAUGCGCUGUUCCGGAAUGUCUACAAUUUUCCGUUCCGCACUUCGAUCCCUUUUACUCGCGCUUUAACAUCACAUGCCACCAGUUUGCCCGGACAUUGGCAUCCAAAUUUAAGCGGUGCAAAACCGGCAUACGAGAACAAUUCUCCAUGGUGUCACACUGGCUGGACCUUUCUCCCUUAUACGGACUGCACGAAGAGCGCAGCGACCAGCUGCGUGUCUUUGAAAGCGGCCUCCUUCGUUUCCGCGAUGUGGAGACCGGCAUCGAGAAUGACCCGUCCACCGCCAUUCACAAACAGAUUCUCCCGUCGCUUCCGGAUGGGAUGCCUUCGUCCUGUCGGCCGCUCGAUCUACACCGGACGUGUUUCUUUGCCGGUGACGAUCGGGUCAACCAGCAGCCGCCCCUGCUGACCAUUCACACUAUCCUUGUCCGUUACCACAAUGCCAUUGCCUCCUUUUUGGCGAAUUAUUUACCGUCGUGGUCGGAUGAACUGAUUUAUCAAGAAGCGAGGAAGUUUGUCGUAGCGGUGUAUCAGGUGGUGAUUUAUAAGGAGUUCCUGCCGGCAAUAUUGGGGGAGCUACGCAGUAGCGAAGGACGCGAGCAUCCGCUGCAGUUACUUCAGGAUGGAUUCUUUAGUGGAUACGAUGAAACUUCCGAUCCGCACGUGUUAAACGAAUUUACUACAGCAGCCUUUCGACUGCACACGCUUUUGGGACCAAAUGUGCCUCGUUUGCUGUUCGUUACCGGCGACCCAGAAGAAACAUCCACGACAUUAUCCUCACAGUUUAACAAUCAGACAUUGCUUUAUGAAGAUGGCAGUGCGGAUAGUAUUUUGAGCGGCAUGUUGGAAGAAAGUUCCAUGGUAUUUGACGGACAUCAUAGUGAGGAAAUUCGCGGACGGUUAUUUCGAGGCGAUUUACCGUUCGGCUUGGAUCUGUUUGCCAUUGACAUUCAACGUGGACGCGACCACGGAAUCGGUACCUACAACGAUCUGCGAGAAGCCUGUGGAUUCGGCCGCGCCAGUGAGUUUGCCGAGUUGGAGGAUAUGAUACCGGAGCCCAGUGUGGCUCUGCUCCAUAAACUGUACAUGUCAGUGGAUGAUAUUGAUCUCAUGGUAGGUGGCGUACUGGAAACACCCACCUCACCGGAUUCUGAUGUCGGUCCGACAUUUGCCUGCAUCAUCACGAUGGAGUUUCACAAUCGGCGGGUCAGUGACCGGUACUGGCAUGAAAAUCCCGAUCAGUUUACAUCGGAUCAGCUGGAUCAAUUACGACAAGUUACCAUGGCGGAGAUUAUCUGCCAGACAACGGCUCUGAGACAUGUCCCAUCCAAUGCCUUUGCUGUCGUAUCGGACCGGAAUGCACUGAUGCCUUGUAAAUUAGUGCCGGAGAUGAAUUUGGCGAUAUUUUUUAAAGAAGCCAAAUCUGUGGAAAAGAGUGACCGUCAUGCGCAUCACCAUCCCCAUCAUGAAGAGGAUGUAUUCUAUCAAAGCAACCAGUACAACAUGCCUCCCCCUCUGCCGGUGGAGCAUCCGGAGCAUCCGGGUCAUCCGGCUUAUUACGAACCACACCGGCCGCCAUUUAUGUACCGGCACGAUCCCGACAGAUACCAGGCACCACCUUGA